AAAAAAAAAGAGCUCCAUCAGCUAAAAACAAAGACUACCCAUCAACGGAAGAGCUAAAAAGAUGUCAUCUUUACACUUUCUUCCUCACCUGGGAAGCUAACUUUCGGCGGCGACGAAGAAUCAAUCACCGUCGCCGUCGUCGAUAGAGGAGAAUCGAGCAAAGGACCAAACAAGUAGGAAUCGGACUUGAGAUAGUUCGCGACUUUCUGAACCCAUUUUGCGGUCUCUUUCCUGUUUGUGGGUUUGUUCUUCUUCUUCUUUAGAACUCCUAGCUGAACUUUACUCGCCAUUGUUGCUUGCUUUGCUCUGUAAGGCGGUGGAUGAUUCUGGUAGUAGGGGGAAAGGGGGGAUUUUUUCCCCGUUUUUUUUUUUUACUCUGGUAUCGUUCUAGCGGUUGAGGAGAUGGGUAGUUGACCCCCAAAGCCUGUUGGGCUGGUUUCUUAUCAGACUUGGGCUUACUGGAUCUUGGAUUUCGGGAUUUUAAUUUUACACGAAACCAUCCCUUUGGACCCCCAAACCCUUUCCCCUUCUUCUCAUCUGCUUCCCGCCGCCUCACUUCUCCUCCACUCUCCCCUGUCUUGCUGCCGUCGCCGCCGAGGACUCCCCUGCCGCCGUCGCCGAGGACUCCCCUGCCGCCGUCAGCCCGGACUCCCUUGAUCGUCGUCGACCCGUCGAGGCCUCCCUUGCUCGCGGUCAGCCCUCGUUGUCGUCAACGCGACCUUUGGCUCCCCGCUCGCUGCCUUGUUCCGGCCUUCAAACCCCGCUCGCCGUCGACCCGGCCUUCCCCGCUCGUCGUCAACCUGGAAUUCCCCGCUCGCCUUUGUCCUCGUCCAAGUUUAUAUCCCCUGCGCCUGGAAACAUUUGUGUUGCAGGUUUGUUGACCAGUAUGGUUUUGAAAACAUAGGAGCGGAAGCAAGCUACCCUCUGGUAUUUUCUAUUUGUCGCUUGUGCUCUUUGUCAACCUCGUAAUCAAGGACCAGCAGAAGAAGAUGAAAGUAAAAGUAAUAUCACGCUCUACUGAUGAGUUUACUCGAGAAAGAAGCCAAGAUCUUCAGAGAGUGUUCCGCAAUUUCGACCCCAAACUUCGUCCUCAAGAGAAAGCAGUUGAAUAUGUCAGGGCACUUAAUGCUGCCAAGUUAGAGAAGAUCUUUGCAAGACCAUUUAUAGGAGCAAUGGAUGGUCACAUAGAUGCUAUUUCGUGUAUGGCGAAGAACCCCAAUUUCUUGAAAGGGAUUUUCUCCGGCUCUAUGGAUGGAGAUAUUCGCCUCUGGGAUAUAGCUUCCAGAGCCCGUGGGUCCUUAAGUGGAACUAAAGGAAUGACCCUGAUUACCUUGUGUGAGAUUCACCUUAUGAUGGAUGCUUACUUCACAUUUUUGUACCCAAAAUUGCACCGAACGUGUGGAUUGAGCAGGAAAACAGUUUGUCAGUUUCCUGGUCACCAAGGUGCUGUAAGAGGCUUAACAGCAUCCACUGAUGGAAGCACCCUAAUAUCUUGUGGAACAGAUUGCACUGUUAGGAUUUGGAGUGUGCCAGUAGCUGCUACCUUGGAAUCAGAUCAUGCCUCUAAUAAGCCCAUCGAGGCCAAUGCAGUUUAUGUUGGAAAGAAUGCUUAUUGGGCUGUAGACCAUCAGUGGGGUGGUGACCUCUUUGCUACAACUGGUGCUCGAGUUGAAAUUUGGAAUCACAACAGGUCGCAACCCGUAAACACUUUCGAGUGGGGGACAGAUACAGUUAUCUCUGUUCGGUUUAAUCCUGGGGAGCCAAAUCUUUUGGCCACGUCAGCUAGUGAUCGCAGCAUUGCGUUGUAUGACUUGCGCAUGUCAACUCCUGCAAGGAAACUUAUCAUGCAGACAAGAACCAAUUCCAUUGCUUGGAACCCCAUGGAGCCACUCAACUUCACAACAGCAAAUGAGGAUUGCAGCUGCUAUAGCUAUGAUGCUAGAAAACUGGACGAAGCCAAAUGUGUGCACAAAGAUCAUGUUUCUGCAGUUCAGGAGAUCUAUAAUCUUGUCUAUCCUUAUUUCAGCAUGGACAUAGACUACUCUCCUACUGGCCGGGAGUUUGUAACUGGAUCUUAUGAUAGAACUGUUAGAAUUUUCCCAUAUAACGGUGGCCAUAGUCGGGAAAUCUAUCAUACAAAGAGAAUGCAAAGGGUAUUUUGUGUCAAGUUCAGCAGUGAUGCAAGUUACAUUAUUUCAGGGAGUGAUGACACUAACCUUAGGUUGUGGAAAGCUAAAGCAUCGGAGCAGAUGGGAGUUUUGCUUCCAAGGGAACAGAAAAAGCACGAAUACCAGGAAGCUGUCAAGAAUCGUUAUAAGCAUCUACCUGAAGUCAAAAGGAUAGUGAGACAUAGGCAUUUGCCAAGACCAAUAUACAAAGCUAAGGAGUUGCGCCGCAUGGUGAUUGAUGCUGAGAAGAAGAAAGAGGAAAGGAGGAAAGCUCACAGCACCCCAGGGAGCAUCGUUACGGAAUCAGUGCGUAAAAGGAGGAUCAUUAGAGAAGUUGAGUAGUUUGUUCAGUUUUCGACGGGAUAGCGUUGUCGAGUUUGCAGGUUGCAUCGAAACUCUCAAGGCCAUAUGGGUAUCUUAUCAACCAUUCUGGAAGAGCUUUUGAUCGAUCAAACUAGGGAUGGGUCAUAUUGGAGGUUGCAUCGAUGCAAAUGUACUCGUGUUCUUUGGCGCAUCAAUAUUGUUUCUGUUUUUAUUAAUUAGGUUCUCCAGAACUGGUUAGGAUAAUAUCAUGUUAAGAAGGUUUAAGAUAAUAAUUGGUGGUGGGUCGAUCUCAAAUCGUGGUUCAACCAAUCACUUGACCACCCCAUCUAAUCUGGAUAAGAAUCACUUUGUACGAUUUUUUAGCGGAUAAAAUAUCUCGGGUAUCAUUUAAGUUUCAGAA